AUGAUCUCGCCAAAGAUGGUAGCGGCACACACUUCCAGCCAUUCUUCUGCCUCAGCAGAAUGGAUUGUUUGCCUCGAUAAAAGACCGACCGAGCGCUCAGGGGAGGAUGUGGACAUCAUCCUGGCCCGCCUGAAGAAUGUGAAAGGCUUCGAGAGGUUCAACCCCAGGCUCCUGCAGGAGAUAUGCCUGUGUGGAUUUUACGAAUGUCUGGAGAAGGGAAUCACAUUGUACAGGCAAGGCGACAUCGGGACCAGCUGGUAUGCUGUUUUAUCGGGAUCUCUGGAUGUCAAAGUCUCGGAAACGGCCAAUCACCAGGAUGCGGUGACAAUCUGUAGCCUGGGCAUUGGCACUGCGUUUGGGGAGUCCAUCUUGGACAACACCCCCAGGCAUGCCACCAUCGUGACCCGCGAGGUGAGCGAGCUGCUACGCAUCGAGCAGAGGGAGUUCAAAGCCCUGUGGGAGAAGUACCGUCAGUGCAUGGCCGGCCUCCUCGCCCCGCCCUAUGGUGUCAUGGAAAGUGGGCCCAGCAGUGACAGGAUGCCAGACAAAGAGAACUUGAAUAACAACACGUUGGGAUCCAUGUCCAAACACCUUAACAAGACGUCACACAUUGAAACCCAGGCCAAACCCCAUCCUAAAUUCAUUUAUCAGGUUCCCUCUGAAAAGAUCUUGCGCGCUGGGAAGGUUGUCCGCAAUGUCAUCCUGUCCAGAGCGCCACACAUGAUCAGGGACAGGAAGUACCAUCUGAAGACCUACCAGCAGUGCUGUGUGGGCACUGAGCUGGUAGACUGGCAGAUGCAGCAGGGCUCGUGUGUGCACUCCCGCGUCCAGGCCGUGGGCAUGUGGCAGGUACUACUGGAGGAGGGAGUCCUCAACCACGUGGACCAGGAGCUGAACUUCCAGGACAAGUACCUGUUCUAUCGCUUCCUGGAGGACGAGGAGGGCGAGGGCGGCCCGCUGCCCAGCGAGGAGGAGAUGAAGGAGAGUGAGGAGGAGCUGCCCGACACCCUCAUGCUCCUCUCCCAGAUGGGGCCCGACGCACACAUGCGCAUGAUCCUCAGGAAACCGCCGGGCCAGAGGACAGCGGAUGAUUUAGAGAUCAUUUACGAGGAGCUGCUCCACAUCAAGGCCUUAUCACACCUCUCCACCACCGUUAAAAGGGAAUUAGCUGGUGUUCUCAUCUUUGAGUCCCAUGCCAAGGCUGGAACUGUCUUGUUUAACCAAGGGGAAGAAGGCACCUCCUGGUACAUCAUCCUGAAAGGCUCUGUCAAUGUUGUCAUCUAUGGCAAGGGUGUGGUGUGUACGCUACACGAGGGCGAUGACUUUGGGAAGCUGGCCCUGGUGAACGACGCGCCCCGCGCCGCCUCCAUCGUCCUGCGGGAGGACAACUGCCACUUCCUGCGCGUGGACAAGGAGGACUUCAACCGCAUCCUCCGGGAUGUAGAGGCUAACACAGUUCGUCUGAAAGAGCACGAGCAGGAUGUGCUGGUUCUGGAGAAAACCACUGGUCGCACCACUAACCAUGGAGCCUUCCCCUCACACCACAAAUACACCGUUAUGGCAGGGACACCUGAGAAGAUUCUGGAACACUUCCUGGAAACGAUGAGGCUAGAUUCACAAUUCCCUGAGUCAGACCCAGCCAUGGAUGACUUCAUCCUCAUGCACUCCGUCUUCCUUCCCAACAGUCAGCUCUGUCCACUGCUCAUGGCCCACUACCAUGCACAGGCCUCCCAGGGCUCGGAGCAGGAGAAGCUGGACUUUGCCCUGAACAACAAGCGUCGGGUGGUGCGGCUAGCGCUGCAGUGGGCCACCUUCCACGCCGACCCCCUCCAGGACGAGGACGCCUCGCUGGCCUUCCUAGAGGAGCUGUGUGUAGCCGUGUCUGAUGAUGGCAGGGUGUUACCAGCACUCAAGGACCAGCUCCCUUUGCUUGAAAAGAUGGUCAAAAACAAUUCAGAUGACUCCAGAUCAUCACAAAAGAAGCACAAGGUUCUUCUGCGCCAAUUCAGCAUGGGAGAUGACAAGCAACAGAAGAGGCAACCAGUGAGAAACAAUGACGAAAUCCUCUUCAAGGUCUACUGCAGUGACCACACCUACACCACCAUCCGUGUACCCGUGGCCGCCUCGGUCCGAGAGGUCAUCAGUGCUGUGGCCGACAAGCUGGGCUCAGCGGAGGACCUCCUGCUGGUCAGCCUGAGUUCAGCCGGAGAUAAGGCUGUGCUGAAGCCCAGCGACGUGUCGGUCUUCUCCACACUGAGUGUUAAUGGACGUCUGUUUGUGUGCCCUCGGGACCAGCUGGAUUCGCUGACUCCUCUUCCAGAGCAGGAGGGACCCUCCACAGGCUCCUUGCCAACGUUUGAGCUGAUGAGCUCCAAGGACCUGGCCUACCAACUGACCCUCUAUGACUGGGAGCUCUUCAACUGUGUGCACGAGCUGGAGCUGGUGUACCACACGUUUGGGAGGCAGCACUUCAAGAAGACCACAGCCAACCUGGACCUGUUCCUGCGGAGGUUCAACGAGAUCCAGCUGUGGGUCAUCACGGAGGUGUGUCUGUGCUCACACCUCAGCAAGAGGGUGCAGCUCCUCAAGAAGUUCAUCAAGAUCGCAGCCCACUGCAAGGAGUACCGCAACCUCAAUUCCUUCUUCGCCAUCAUCAUGGGAAUGAGCAAUCCAGCUGUGAGCCGUCUCAGUCAGACCUGGGAGAAACUGCCAAGCAAGUUCAAGAAGUCCUAUGUGGAGUUUGAAAACUUAAUGGACCCGUCCAGGAACCACAGAGCUUAUCGCCUCACCAUGGCCAAGCUGGACCCCCCCAUCAUCCCCUUCAUGCCUCUCCUCAUCAAAGAUAUGACAUUUACUCACGACGGGAACAAGACGUACACUGACAGCUUGGUUAAUUUUGAGAAAAUGCGCAUGAUUGCAAACACUGUGCGGAUAGUGAGAUACUGCCGGAGCCAACCAUUUAGUCUGGACGUGUCUCAAAGUAACAAGAACCACCAGGACGUGCGCAGCUAUGUGCACCAGAUGAACGUGAUCGACAACCAGAGGACUCUCUCCCAACUCUCCCAGAAGCUGGAGCCGCGGAGGACCUGAGAGGCGCUGGCUGGGGGAUUCACAUCCAGCAUCUCAUGCCCUCGCUGGGUAUUUUUCAAAGUCCAGUGUCUUAGCCUUGCUAGGACGAGUAAUGCCCAUUUACGCCCGCUGUAUGCAAUUAUUAAUUACACUUAGAACUAGUGAUCAAGUCAAGUCAAGUAGGUUUUAUUGUCAAUUUCUUUACAUGCACUGGUCAUACAAAGAAUUUGAAAUUACAUUUCUUGCUUUCCCAUACAGACAUACACUAAUCUAGGUAAGGACAUAGACAGUAUAGACAUAGACAGUACUUAUACAUGGACUUAAGACAGUAUGGACAUAGACAGUGCUCAUACAGACAUGGAUAGUCUUUGGGGAAAUCCACGAAAAAUGGGCGUUACUCUUCCUAGCAUGGCUGGGACACUUCACUUUGAGAAUUAACCUCUGCUUCACCUCUACAUAGUAAAGAAUGCAGUGUUAAUUUAACACUAUUCUGGAAAUACAGUAUGGUCCCAUUCAA